CUGCCAGCCCGGCUCUUCCCUCCCGGGAUCUCAAGAGGAAGGAGGGACAGACGCCGCGCAGCCCCCGAUGGAGAGCUGGUCCCCGCGCCUCGUGGCCACAGCGCUCCUGGCAUUGCUGCCGUGGACCCCACAGCGGGCAGGAGGACAGUCAGUGACCCACAUCGGCCCCCCCAUAGUGGUCUCCCUGGCCAACACAUUCGUCUCAUUCAGAUGCAGGGUCACUUGCCCAGACAUCCAGGGAUUCAAGAACAUCACAGUUGGCUACUUCAACAAGGAUGUCCAGGGUCACGCCAGCUCUGAGAAGUCCAUCACCUGCCGACCCGUGCCAGGCACAGAGAACAAGACCUGCUCCCUGGAGUGCGAGGCCGUCAUCAGGCUGCCUGGUGCAUCAGCCACGGGCACCUACUACUGCUCUCUCUACUGGCAGGGCUUCACCGUGAACGGCGAUGGCACCUUCAUCCUGGUCAGAGAUUCGGGGUAUCGAGAGCCCCCGCAGAGCUCCCAGAAGGCCCUGCUCUUUGGCUUCACUGGCCUCCUGACCGUCCUGAGUGUCCUGGCCACGGCGCUGCUCUUCUGGAAGAAGAAACAGAUGGGGGCUCCAGGGAAACGCUCAGACCCGAGACCUGCCGGCGCCUCGACUCGGCCUGCAGCGGAAGCUGUCUACACGGCCCUGCAGCACCGAGAGACGGAGGUUUACGCCUGCAUUGAGCAGGAGGCCUGCAACCCACCCUUAGCCGGGAACCCUGUCUCCCAGGGGAAAUUGCACAGAGUAGAGGAUGACCACGAAUUCAACGAGGUCUAUGAAAACCUCUAGGAUGUGGCCCCCGAUCAAAGGCCCCAUCCUCCAUCAGAGGCAGCCCUGGGCCCUGGAGGACUUGCUCUGACCCAGAGUCGGCCCCUGCAGUGACAGACCUCACCUCACAGCUAAGACCCUUCCAGCACCUCCCACACCUUUGGGUCUUUGCCCAAGCUCAUCCCUUCCUCUACUGCCCAGCCAGCAAAAUGCUACCCAGGGCCUGUAUGGACGCCACCCCUUCCUGGAGCCCUUCUGCCCCGCUCAUACCCCACAGAGGGGUGCGUGGGGCUCUCUCGGGGCCUGCCCCACAGCCCAGCCUGCAUGGCAGAUCCGGAGCUGCUCAAGAGGGACCCAGCAGGACCCCAGGGGCCACGUGGAGGAGUGACCCGCCGACUCCACCUGGGAGCCUGGAGCCGGGAGGGCCUGUGCACCUGUGGUGGCCAGUGGCAGGGAUGGCGGGGUAGGGAGGGAGCUGGCCAGACAGGACCCCAGUGAGUGACCUGAAGCUGCCCUCCCCGCCUGCCUUUUACCCUCUGCUCUGCACGUGUCUUGGCCUGGGCCCCAGCUGCUCCUCCUGCUCUCUACAUUCUCCUCUCUCUGCGAACCCUGACCCAACCACCUGGGCCUUCCUGCAGUCCUCUCUGUCCUUCUCCGCCUUACCCUGUCCCUGGCCCCUGGAGCAGUGCCUGUGGCAGCUGCCUCUCUCCCACUGUGGUCCAGCUGUGUGGCCCGGUGCCCGGGGCCUCCCCGGGAUGGGCAGAGGAGUCCCCCUGUGUGGCAGAAGCCCAGGCCCCCGUGCACAGCGGCUCCCCAGUGCCUGGUCCUGAGCCAUUUCUGCUGCCCCACGCGCUCCUGUCGCCACCCGUGUCACCUGGGGAGAGCCCACAGUGUAAGACAGGCUCAGAGUCUCGGCCACCAGGCUGAGGACUCUGCCCUCUCUGCUUCUCUCCCUGGCUUUCUUACUGUGUGCGCAUUUGUGCAGUGGGCAGGUCAGUCCUCCCUCCCACUCCCCAGGCUGCCCCAGAAGUUGGGGUGCCCUUGUACCCAACCCCAAAGGUACCCAGGGGGUAUAGCGUAGCUGAACACAAGCUCCAGCCCCGACCCCUAAGCAGCCUCGGGUCCCAGCUCCUGGGCGCAGGCAGCAGCUUUGGCGAUUCAUGCAGGGCGGGCCCUUCCCCGCAGGGGUAGAAAGGCUGGGGCUGGGGUGGUACAGGCUGGCCCUGGGAGUCCUUAGGCUGUCUGCAAGGGGGGCGUCAGGCCUCAUUGGGCCUCCCAGCCCACACAGCCAGCGGGGAGGCCCCUGCUCCCCACGAGUCCAGGUUUAAUGAACUCCAUGUCUGUUCUGGGAGAGAAGCUGCCCUGUGCAGUGCGGCCUUCCAGGUUCCCAACUCCUGCUGCCUCCGGGAGUGGGCAGUGGAGAGCCAGAAAGACCAGGGGAGGCCACCUUGCCAGGGGCCUGCUGGGGACUUCAGCGAGGACCCUGGCCCAGGCCCCACCCCAACAGCCUUGCCAUGCAAGGCUGAGCCUGGUUUGGGACAAGGCAGGCUAGGAGGCCAGCAGGUGCUGGGUUUCCAGUGAGGAGAGAGGCAGGGAGAAGGCUGUGGGGGAAGGGCAGAGCCCUAGCAGGGCUGUGGCACAGGCAGGAUGGGGACGAAUGUCCUGAGGACUGAGUGAGCACCUGCUGAGAAUAGGGGGGAGUGGCAGGGUGCGGCUGAGGGAGGAGGAGGGGACAGAGAGGGCGGUGGGCCCAGCUCCUCCAGGGCAGGCUGGGUCUGACUCUGACACAUGCGGAGGGGAGAAGAGACAGGGGCUUCCCAGUGGCCGUGUAGACUUGGGCAAGUCGCUGCCCACUGAGCCUGGCUGUCCAGUGCCAUGGAGCUCAGCACCUCUCAGAGGGAAGGGCUCCUGUGGAGGCCCGGCAGGUGUGUGCUUCCUUCUCCAUCCUGGAAGAGAGGAGUCUGCUUGGGGGCAGAGUGGGAGGUGUCUACCAUGGAGGGUGCAGUAGGGGCGGGGGUGGGGUGCACAAACCUCCAGGGAGGUGGGGACCCAGGCCCUGCAGCUGCCCUGCAAGGAACAAUUGGGCUGCCCAGAGCAUGAGGGUGCAGAGAGGUUUGGGGGGGCUAGGGAGGGAGAAAGCAGAGUUGGGGGGUGUCCUGGGCCCUCGGGGCAAGGCUGGGGCGAGAGGGUGGGUCAGAGCAAGACAGGGAGAGGCAAAGAUGGCCUGGGAGUGCUCCAGGGAGGGGUUGCUGUGGGGACCCAGGAGGAAGGAAGCCUUGGCCCUGGGGGUGGCCCCAGGCUUAGUGUGAGCAGAAUCCCUGCCCCAGGCCCCCCUGCCGGCCCCAACCCCAGGUCAGCCCUGCCUCUCUCCAGACAAGGGGUUUCCCAGUCUCUCCCCUGGCCCAGCCCACCCUGCCCUCCCUCCUAGGUCUUGCCAAGGCCACCCUCAGAGCCUUGGGCAUUGGAAACAUUUCAGCCACCUGGACACCUCAGGCACCCCCGCCCUCCAGGCCCCUGUGUGCCCCUCUCCUGGUUUGGCCUCCAGCCUCCCUUCGGCUCCUGCUCCUCUCAGCACGUUUGUGCGAAAAUUAUUUCUGGAACCAAGCCCAGGAGCUUGAAGUGGGUGUGGGAAGCGGUGCCCCCCCCCCACAAAAAUUUCCAGAGGGUUCUGCACAGCAGAGUUUCCAUGGGAACACGUGCGGCUCCACACGCGCCUCGGUGGGGCUGGGGCCCCCUGCACACUGAGAUCGCGGGAUCUUGGUGUGGGGCCUCGGCGGGGGCAGCCACGGUUCCUUGGCCACCAGCGCUCACUGCCUUGAAAUCAAGUUACGGGCAAACCCGCCGCUGCUGCCUUCUUCUUCUUCUUCUUCUUUUUUUUACAUUCUAAUUUAAAGGCCACGCUCCAUUCUGAGGCUGCCUCUGGGGUUUCGGGGAUGGAUUUUUGUGCAGUUCAAUAGUUUUUUAGCAGACAGCUCCUGCCGCACAGGUGGGCUGCCGCCUCGGCCCGGCCAGGCUGGUGGCACCUCUCCAGCCCUCCCAGAUGCCAGAGGGUGCCAUCGGCCCACCUGAGGGGCUUCCAGAGCUGGGGACAUCGGUGCGAAGUUCUGAGACACCUUCCUUCUGGGCCCGUGCCCCUGAGCCGGGCCCUAAUUACGGCCUCUGACUGGGCGGGCGCCGGUCUGUCCACCCCUGCACUUGGUGGUAGCAUGAGCUUUGUGGGUGUGUACCCAGCAGGUGACACAGCGCAUUGUGAUAAAACAUUUAAACAACUGCAAAGUGACAUUCCCUUUGAUGCACCGGCCGCCUCCUGCCCUGUGUCCCGUGCCCUUCCCAGGAGGCGGGGAAGUCACUCGGUCCCCGGGAGCGUUUUCUUCCGUGCUGUUCUCACGGCCUCCGUGUAGGCAGACGUGCGCGUCGGGAACGUGCGGUGUUGGCUGCGGUGCUGUCAGCCUGUCUUUGUUCCUGCAGCCCGAGACGGCGCGGGAGCUGCCAGACUGUAAUCAUGGCCAGGGUUCGGCAGGACGGGGGGAGCCUAAUCUAAUCAGGCUGCUGUGGAUGGCCGCUCGGGUUGUAGAGGAUUUUUCAGUCUCACAGAAGGCGCUGCCGGCAACAUCGUGGCUGGGCCUCCUUGGCUGCAUCUGCAGAACUUUCCGGGGCUGGUGAGGAGGGAUCCCUGGGCCCAGCCCGCGGCAUUUGCUGUUUCAAAGCAAUGCUGCCGAACCGUCAGGCACGGAGAGGGUACUGGCUCUCUUCCUCAGAUUCUUUAUCUGCAGUAUCACGUUUAAUCCUGCAAGCUAGCCUGCAAAGCCGGGGGCUGGUCUCCCGUCUGCAAAGAGAGGUUGACUGGAUAAAGGACGCACAGCCCAGGCAGAGCAGCCUGGGAUGGCUCUGAGUGCAGUCCUGCCACCCCCACGGGUCAGGUGAGGCGGCGACGGGGGACAGAAAGAGCCACUGAAAGCCUUGAUGCCCCUGGGAUUAGGGACGCCCAUGGGAGAGAUGGCCUGUCACCUGCAUGUCACUCAUACCCAGGUUCUCAAAAUUGUGUGUGUGGGGGGGGGGGGGGCGGAGAGAGAGAGAGCGAUCAAGCCACCUGCCUUCCAGUGGCCCGGGGCCUUGGGGAAAUGGAGGCGGGUCAGUGGAGCCGCUGGGCCUGCACCUCCCUGGCAGCCCACUCUGCUGUGAGGCCGGAUCCUGGCAGCCUGGUCGUUAGGAGCCCGGGUCUCCCCUGGAAGUUCUCAGGCACAGCAGGCCUGGAGGUGUGAGCCGCCUCUCAGAAGCUGUAUAAUCCGGGAUAAUGCGGCUGUAAUGGGCGUUGUGCUGCCUUUACGUCCUCUCAUUACCUGAAAACUGACUUUGCAAAUGGC